CUCAUCAAACGCUCGAUAAUACAUCAAAUGGCAGAAAUCGGCAUCGCGAGGGGUGUCAUAGCCGGGCUGGAUCUUCUAACCGCACAGGUUAACACGUGGUCAGCGAUCUGGCAGAACGGGAUUCAAACCGGACCUUUGCAAACGAACGAGGCAUUUUACUGCGCGCAUAAAUUGCAACAUACAGUUUUAAAGCAAAAGAGCAUCGAUCCGGCCGCAAGGAAGAAUGUGCAACUGCUCGUAGAGAGUGUGCAAAGGCUGCAGUCCUUAUCGCAAGCCCAACUGGAGAAAGAGGACCACAGAAAGACAGUAUGGAAAACAAAUAGCGAUAGAAGAUUCCACUGGCCUCGUUCCUCAAGCGCGGAUCGAAGAAUGCUCCUUGGGAUAAAGACAUCUUCGGAGUCAGACCAGAGUCAGCGUCGUUCGAGUAACAAGCGUAGAGAUUCUGACAGGGACAACAUAUUUCCAUACGAUAGGAUCACUGAGGGACUCGAAUUCACUGUACUGUGCAUCAAGACUCUCACGGAUAUCUGUGAUUUAUGGUCGAAGUUUGAUAGAGACGCCUAUGCACAGUCGAACACUACAUUCCCUUCUCUGUCUGAUCAAACAGUUUUCAAGGCACCUAUUCCCAACGUUCCUGAGCCACCCUCGACGCCCCCAGAAGGACCCCGAUCCCAGAUCCUCGAUCGCCUAGAUCGCCUCAAGACACCGGAUUACGAGUGCCGCCAUCACAGAUAUAGAAUAGCCGCUGAUACUCGGCUCAAGAAUGGACAAACAUGGUUCAUGAAGACGAAAGAAUACUCGUCUUGGAAAGAAUCAAGCGGCCCAAGAGUUUUGUGGCUGCAAGGAAGAUCAGGCAUCGGAAAGAGCACUAUUGUUUCCAAGAUGAUUCGGAGAUAUCAAGAGGACUCUCAGACAAAUUUAGCCUACUUCUUCAUGGGCAUGGGAAAAGUGCAAUCAGCAGAGGAUGUGGCAAAAAGUCUCCUGAAGCAGCUGUGUACACAAAGGCAGAUAUUACCAUCUGAUCUGAAACGGCAUUUACAAUCCGAGGACCAAACCGCCACAAUGUCACUGAAUGUCAUACUCAGCGCAAUCCAGGAGCUUGGAAAAUCGUAUGACAGCAUCACUUACUUUCCACCCUUCAUCUUCCUCGAUGCUUGGGACAGGGCAAAUAUGGACGAUCGCAGCAAAUUCUAUGACAUCGAGAAGACCAUAUUCAUGCUAGGAUGGAAAGUGUUAAUCACGAGUAGGAGUGCUCCGUCAACCCAACAAACGCAUAUGAAUGACGCUCUUAUAUUCACCGUAUUCAACAUCCAGGCCUACGACAAUCAACCUGACAUAGAGACAUACGUUCGGAACCGCAUUCAUGACAAUAAAUCGGUGUCAAAGCUACUUGCGAGGGAUGACACCUUGCAAAAAGAUGUUGUUGAUCGCAUUGCGGAGAGCUCUCAAGGAUUAUUCUUUUGGGUUGAUAUACUCCUGACCUUGGUAUUCCAGCAAGGGACUCUGACUGGCCUUCGACAUUCAGUAAAGACAAUGCCGUUCGACCCAGAAAGCAUUGUAGGAAAAGCUCUAGACAUCAUUGAACUCCAACCCGAGGAGCCUGCAGCUCUUGGCCGGACUGCACUCAUAUGGCUUUCCAUCAUAGGUGCCCCGCUAGAUGUAGCUGGAUUCUGUGAGGCUUUGGCGAUCGCAAAUCAUGAUAGCCAAUUUCUUGAGCCUUCUCUGGAUCGUGAGAAGAUACCCACGGUCGAAUAUGUUGCAGAUUGCUGUAAAGCACUCAUAAGCGUCGAUCCAGGCACCUCUACUGUGGUGCUGGCACAUGAAGAGCUUGCAAAUACUGUGAGGCAUCAAUGGGGAAAACGUUUCCGAGAGGAACAAGUUCGCCUUACUUCGGCCUGCCUGAACUAUUUACUCCUCGACGACUUCUCCUCUGGACCUUGCGACGACUUGAAAUUACUCAAACUGAGGCAAAGAGAACACCCUUUUUUCGAGUACGCGGCCAAUGCUUGGGCAAAGCAUUUGCAGAGCUUGGGUCCUGAUCUGCCCCCGGACAUCAUGUCUUUAGUCAUACAGCUCUUUGAGUCGCACAAUAAUCUCGAGGCUGCUGUGCAGGUGUUCAGAGUCGGCAAGUAUGCAAGAAUAAGUUCCUUGGGUGGCUUUCUUUGGCCUCAAUACGUUCGCUCCAUGUCCAAGCUACAGAUAUCCACAAGAUUUUCAUUGACCACGAUGACCAAGGAUCUGUUGGCAAAGGGACAUGAUCCAUUGCAGCAGGAUCGAUAUGGCAGGACACCGUUACUAGAAGCCUGCAAUAACCGUUCAUCAGAGAUUUUUGAGCUCCUUCUCCAGAAUGCGCUGCAAAGCCACUCUGUUGAACAUCUGCGAGAUAUCUCCGGAUGGACGCAAAUCCAGGAGUAUUAUGAGAGGGAAAUUCAAACUACGAAAUCCGUAGUAGCAGCUUUAGGAAGGGGAGAUCUGACUGCACUCACCUUCAUGAUCACCAAUGAUCAGGGCAGUGCCAACACAACAAACGACGCUGGUACACCUGCUCUACAUUUGGCAGUCAGAACAAGAAACGAGAUGGUCAUUCGGCUUGUCUUGACCCCUAAAACGGAUGUGAACGCUUCCGACAAAGAUGGAGUUACUGCUCUCCAUGUCGCUGCAUCCCUGAGGUCUGGGGAGAAGGCGGAAUCAACAAAACGUGAACAGUUUGUGGAGAGUCAGAUCAAGAUUAUCGACCUUCUUCUGGAACAUGGCGCAACGAUAGAUGGAGUGGAGGGGUUAAUAAAAUCUCUCAAACGCCGCCAUUCAACUAGGAGCGUGGUCAGGCAUGACGAUAUCGAUAAUCCACGGAAGAAAUCGCUCGACACUGUUCACGGUAGUAUCCUAACAGUUCCGAGAAACCCCGAGGAUACAAUUACCGGCGUCGCAACACCCCUAUUCACGGCAUUACAGAUGAAAAACGCAGAGGUGGUCAAACAUCUGCUCACCAAGGGGGCGGAUCCGGACCUGGGCCCCGACAACAAGAAGCCACUAUACUGGGCAGCUCGUUCCAGAGACUCUGAGAUGAUCAAACUUCUAAUGUAUUACGGUGCAGACCCAGAUAUACGAAGCAGUGUUCAAUCUUCUGUCCUGCAUGAAGUCACAAAACAAUCCGAUCACAAGAUGAUCUCGCUUUUGCUAGGCAGUGGUGCCGAUGUGAAUUGGCAAGAUGCAGAUGAACGGACUCCGCUGUUCUACGCUAUUGAACAGCAAGAUGUUAAUAUCGUGAGGCAACUCAUUCAGAGUGGCACCGAUGUAGAAAUCCGGGAUAAAAACAAGAUGCAGGCUUUGCAUGUUGCUGCCAGAUAUGAGAAUCAGGAAAUUUUUGCCAUGGUGUUGAAUGCAUGUGGUAGUACCAACAAUGAGGAUGCAGCAGGGAAGACGCCUAUGCAUUAUGCGAAAGAGGCUGGUCACGAAGGAACUUUGAGGUUGCUUGAGGCCGCAAGUUCGCGUUAGUGUGAGUAUGGCUUUCUUACAGUUUUUACUGAAAUUUCAAGUUUUUGAGCGAAGGCGUUGGCUAGGCGCAGAUUUCCAACAAUCUUGUUCUUCCUUAUUGUCUCUUCUUUCUUCAAUUGUUGCUUUUCUUUCAUAUCUCUUUUUUCUCCAUUCUUCUUUUUUCUUUCGUUUUUGCUUUUGCUUUCUCUCUACCUUCUUCUUGAACAUCAGAUUGAUGAUGAGAUAUUCUACAUCCCGUUACAAAUAUAAGAGCCAAGGUAAAUUGAUUAAUUUAUCGUGUAACCCUUGGAUGGUGCAGGAACAUAUGACUGCCACGAAAUAAGAAAAUUUUACGGACGCUCAGAUUUCUAAGCUGCAACGUGCUCAUGUUGACAUAGUAAAUUAUAUAUAUACAUAGAUAUUUUCAGGAACAAAGUGAUUGUACCACACCCCUGAAGGCUGGUUACAGACGAACAAGGAAAGAUAAAAACGUUGAUUUGUAAAUCAAAUCAGUGAAAGAAUAAGGCGAGCCGUCUCGCGUGACGAAAAAAGCGGAAAUACAGUAAAUUCUUACCUGCCGUAUCAAAUUGAGUUUGAUAGAUGCCUCGGAUCUCAUCACCCAAGCCAGAUGUAUUCCAAUCUU